AUGGCAAGUGAUUUGCUGGAAAUUCGAAGCUUACUGCAGCAAAUGACCAGAGAAAUGGCCAGCUUCAGUGCUCGACAAGAUCAGCUGGAGGUGAACCAUGAGAGAUCUCUUCGCGAGCUUAAACAAUCAGUGGAAGAAGGAAGGAGACCGGAAAGAGGCAAAGACCCAUUGUCAACUAUACCAGAAGAUGAACUUUACUCCCCCUCGGAUAACCCUCUAAUUUAUGCGAAUUUAUCUCCCCAUAGCACUCCCAGAUCGCAAUUGAGAACCCUUUUGAACAACCCCCCAUCGAUUUUGCAACCCCCAAAUUCUAACCAGUAUAACACCUUACCUGUUCAUUCUUCACAAACCCCAAACCCUGUUUCCAGCACUACACAAAUUCCACCCCUAAUCCCCAUUUCUGGAUUACAGAACCCCAUGAUUUCAAAUAGCCCAGGAUUUCACAUUCCACCAGUUAACUCACACAAUAGUCAGCAAUUCAUGCCUGUAUAUUCCAUAGCACCAAGCCCCACCUAUCUAAAUGCACCUAUGCCACCUUCCUUCUCUCAGGGGUAUAAGUCCUCCUAUAUUCCUAACCAGUUUUUUGGACCCCCAUUUCAACAAACCCCAUCUUUAACUCAGCCAAAUCAGCAUUAUACCCCUCUAUAUGGCCAACCAAAUACUCACAACCACAAUCCCCUUCAAUAUCCAGCUUUUACCAAGUACACUAGGGUGGAAUUUCCUAAGUUUGAUGGGAGUGAUUUGAGGGAUUGGUUGUAUAAAGUCGAGCAAUUUUUUUCCAUUGAAGAAGUUCCCACUCACCAAAGGCUCAAGUUAGCUGCUAUACACUUUGAGGGAGUGGCCUUGCAAUGGCACCAAGGGUUUUUGAGAAGCAGGCCACCUGGAACAACCCUUACCUGGGAGGAGUACAUAUAUGCCUUAGCUGAUAGAUUUGGGGCGGAAUACACAGACCCAAUGACUGAAUUAAUAAGAACUAAACAGACUGGAUCUGUCAAAGAUUUUCAGGCUGCUUUUGAUAAUGUUAUGACAAGGGUAUCCUUAUCUACUGAUUAUGCUAUCAGUGUGUUCUUAAAUGGACUCAAACCUGAGCUUAGUGAUGCAGUUAGAAUAGGGCGGCCUUGCAAUCUUCCUCAAGCUUAUUUUCUGGCCAGGUUACAUGAGAGUUCAUUUGCUGCUCAAAGCAAGGUGAUGAGGAACUCAAAUCCUGGAUAUGUACAAGGACAAGCUCAUGGCACUCAUGCAUUUCUAGGUGCUAAGAAACCUUAUCCUGCAGUUAUAGAUGCCAACAGGAGAAGAAGGUUGACCCCUGCUGAAAUGGAUGCAAGAAGAGCUCAAGGGCUUUGCUAUUCUUGUGAUGAAAAAUUUGUACCAGGUCACAAAUGCAAAGCAGCAAAAAGGCAUUUGUACUGUAUUGAGCUUGAAGAACCAGAAGGGUUGUGCCCUGAAGAAGUAGAGGCUCCUGUUGAGGAGGAUAGUACUGAACCCUUAGUGAGAGAUCUUAUUGAGAAUUGUGAAAUUUCAUUACAAGCUUUGAAUGGAACAAAAGGAUACAGAACAUUACGGAUCAAUGGGUUCACUGAUAAAAAACCUAUUAAUAUCCUUAUAGAUUGUGGUUCUACCCACAAUUUCAUUAAUGAGCAAGCUGCUCUAAGGAUAGGGUGUAAGGUGACACAGAUUAAUCCUCAGGAUGUGAGUGUAGCUGAUGGAAGAACUAUUCAAUCAUUCACAGGAUGCCAGAAAUUUAAAUGGUUGAUGCAAGGGUCCACAUUUGAAGAUGAAUUCCUCAUACUACCUAUUGGUAGUUGUGAUGUGGUUUUGGGAGUACAUACAGGCAAACUAGGGGAUAUUCACAUGAAUUUUGGGAAGUUGUUCAUGCAGUUUGAGUACUUAGGGAAGCCAGUGAAACUGCAGGGUAAUUACCCCUCAUUUAAGACAGUAGAGGCCAAUGCUUUAUCCGGUGUUUCUGAGGAGGGUGCUCAAAUUUUCAUGAUUAAGGUGAAGGCUGUUGCUGAUCACCACGGAGAGGAGUCACUAAGUAGUAUUGAAGGGCCUGCAGAAAUUCAAUUGCUACUGGAUGAGUACAAGGAACUUUUCAAUGAGCCCAGUCAACUACCUCCUUCUAGGGGGGUGUUUGACCAUCACAUCCCAAUUAAAGAAAAUGGAGCACCUGUCAAUUCCAGACCUUACAGAUACUCACCCAUCCAAAAGGAUGUGAUUGAGAAAAUGACUCAAGAAAUGCUGAGUCAAGGCAUCAUCCAAUAUAGUUCCAGUCCUUAUGCUUCACCUGUAGUCUUGGUGGGGAAGAAAGAUGGCUCUUGGAGACUUUGUGUAGACUAUAGAGCUCUCAAUAAGAUCACUAUUAAGGACAAAUUUCCAAUUCCGAUAAUUGAGGAAUUGUUGGAUGAGUUAGGUGGGUCCCAAAUUUUCUCAAAGAUUGACUUGAGAGCUGGGUAUCACCAAAUCAGGAUGACCCCUCCUGACAUACAGAAAACAGCAUUCAAAACUCAUUGUGGGCACUAUGAGUUCCUAGUCAUGCCCUUUGGCUUGACUAAUGCCCCUUCUAGUUUUCAAGGACUUAUGAACCACAUUUUCAAAGCUCACCUGAGAAAGUUCAUCCUUGUAGAAUAUUUGGGACACUACAUCUCUGCACAAGGUGUUUCUACUGACCCUAAGAAGAUUGAAGCUGUUCAAUCUUGGCCAGAACCCACUACUAUCAAAAGGUUGAGGGGUUUUUUGGGUUUGACAGGAUACUAUAGACGGUUUAUUAAAGGUUAUGGAGUGAUUAGUAAGCCUCUAACUGAUUUAUUGAAAAAGGAUAGUUUCAGUUGGACCAACAAAGCUACUGAAGCAUUCCAAGAACUUAAAACAGCCUUAACUACUGCCCCAGUGCUUAUCCUUCCUGACUAUAAUCAACCUUUUGUAGUGGAGACGGAUGCUUGCAAUGUGGGAAUUGGGGCUGUUCUUAUGCAAAAAGAUCAACCAAUUGCGUACUUGAGUAAAGGUUUAUCAUCAAGACAUCAAACCCUUUCUGUGUAUGACAAAGAGUUGUUGGCAUUAGUAAUGGCUGUCACUAAGUGGAAUCAACAUUUAAAUCGCUGGCCGCCAGGUAAAGAUGACGAAAAAAGGCACUCAAGUUCUUACUGGUGCGUAAAUUACACAGGAUCACAAUUGUGCUGGGAUCGCAAAGCUCAUGCAACUUUUGAUUUCACUACCGAGCACAAGGGCGGAAAACAAGGUGGCUGA